AUGUCUGCCACAGUAUUAUUCCCCUCGCCACAGUCAAGACUCAACAAAACUAACAAAUCCCAGAAUGAAUUCGCAAACACAGACGGUGACACUCGAGCUACAACUCGUCGCAUGUCAGAUACGCCAGCCUCUGCACAGGAUCACUUUCUAGAUGAAGACGAGGGCGAUGAUAUUAAAGGAGUAAAGGAGGAGCCGCAGUCUGUAUUGGGAACUGUUCAUGAACUUGUUGCUAAGGCUUUGGGGGGUGGAUCGCGCGGUAAGACUCAUCUUGAAUCGGGGAAUUACCUUCGUCCUUCAAAGUUUGUGGAACUAACUUCUUAUUAG